AUGUCGAAGCACAUGGAGUACACGUCCUACCCGAGAGAUUGUCCCACCAUGGAGAACCUGGAGAGGCAACUCAUCUGCCCUAUUUGCUUGGAGAUGUUCACCAAGCCUGUGGUCAUUCUUCCAUGUCAACAUAACCUCUGCCGGAAAUGCGCCAAUGACAUUUUUCAGUCUCGGGGGACAAGCUUGGGCUCUGCAGGGAGAUUUCGCUGCCCAUCGUGCCGCCACGAAGUUGUCCUGGACAGACACGGCAUUUACGGCCUGCAGCGGAAUCUGCUGGUGGAGAACAUCAUCGACAUCUACAAACAAGCGUCAGCCAGGGGACCAGAAAGGCCUCUGUUGAAAACUGAGCACCCAACUUGUGAAGAGCACGAGGAGGAAAGGAUCAACAUUUAUUGUGUGACGUGCGCUGUUCCCACGUGCUCCCUGUGCAAGGUUUUCGGGGAACACAAGGAAUGCGAAGUAGCUCCACUCUCGGACAUCUGCACAAAGCAGAAGGCGGAGCUCACCGUUGGAAUCGGGGCCCUCGUGGCAGCUAAUGACCGGAUCCAAACCUACAUGGCAGAACUCCAAGGCAGGUGCAGGAAUAUUGAGGCCAAUUGCAAAGCUCAGAAGCAGGCGCUGGGUGAGAAGUUUGACCGCAUGGGGGCAAUUUUGGAAGAACGGAGGAAGAUCAUGCUUCAAAGGAUCACGUAUGAACAGGAGAGCAAGUCCCAGCACCUGAACGAGCUGAGCAAAGUUUGCAGUGACCACAUCGAAUCUUCUUCCAAGCUGGUGGACACAGCCUUGCAAUCCAUGGAAGAGCCUCAGAUGUCUGUUUUUGUCCAGAACGCCAAAGUUCUCAUCCGAAAAAUUUUGGAAGUGAGUGACAGCUGCCAGCCAGAGGUUCUGGAGCCGGGAUACGACAACAUGGAACACUACACGGUGGACUUCAAUGCGGAGGAACGGAUCCUCUAUCAGCUGGAUUUCAUUAAAGUUGAAGACCCCGAAUUGGCGGCUGAGGAAGAAGGGGGCUGUGGGGAAUCAGAAGACAUCUUAGGAGAGGCUGAAGCAGAAGGUGGUGAGAGGGAUGAGAACCUCAAAGACCCUUGGCAAGGAUUAUCUCCUCUGGUCAACGGGACGAGGAAUGGUGCUGCCAUUGCGGGAGGAGCUUCAACCCCAGAGCUCACUCCAUCUCUAGCUGAAAGGAGCCAAGAAUUAUGGUCCAGCCAGCAGGGUCAGCUUGAUGGAGGACUCCAGGUGACCGAUUCCACUUCACCCUCACCUCUGCCUGAGGGUGACCUAGCAGAUAAUGGACCUCCUCAAAGCAUGGAGCAAUCUCCUGGAGAAGAUUUCAGCACCACGGAGAGCUCAUCAGAGAACGGAGAGGGUGGUGGCCAGGAAAGCCACCGAGAACCUGAAGGAGAACAUGUCCUGCUACACGGAAUGGCAUCCACCACCAGCCAGCCUUCUGUCUCCAGUCCCGCGGCUGACCGAUGGAGAAGUGAGGACUUCGCGGAACCUCUGCUUAGCAGCUGCUUCAACCCCACCCUUUGGCUCCACGAUUAA